AUGCUCGACUACAGACACUAUCUUGUUCUCGCAGCCCUACUCUUCACAAGCUCCGCUAUGCCCAUACCCGGCGUCUUCCCAGAUUUGGUUCAAGUGAUCGGCGGUCUUACCGUUGUUGUGGAUGUGAAGUUUGAGCACGAAGCACGCAUAUAUGGCAUGGGACUAAUCGUAUGCUCGGUGCAGGACACUGUCGGCGCCAUAUUCGCGCGUUGA